AUGUCCCGCAGGCUCCUCAAUCGCUCCGGCGUCUCCUCGUCCUCGACUGCGAUCACGACCACGACCACGGCCUUGCCCGAAUACCAGCCGCCCUCUUGCCCCCUCUCCGACGCUGCACGCCGCGAUCUGAACGACCUGUCCCACGCCCGCACCACCGUCGUCUAUCAGCAGCAGCUCGGUGACUCCGUUGGCCUUCUUGGUUCCAGCAUUGGCGACCUGCACGAACAGCUGAGGGAGCAGCGCGAUAGACUUGAGUCCCUCCGCGCGAAAAGGCAAGAGAAGGGCAAUGAGAGGACGCCCGAUGAGGAGCGCCUCGAGACCCAUGUUGCCGAUCUCGAAACGCGGGUCAAUUCCUUGACCGACUCAUUUGAGGAGGCCAUCCGUGUUGUGAUCGAUUACAAAGCCGAGUUGGAAGACGAAGGCCUCAUCAUCACCGAUUUGUAUAACGCUGCUGCCGCCGAUGUAGCGCAAUCCCAACGCCGUCCCCGUCGGAGUGAUGAUGCAGAAGCUGCCGAGGAAUCAGACAACGAUGUCGAUAGCAAAGAUCUCGCCGCCCCGAGCAUCCUGGAGCGCUUCAAGGACAUGCGUGCCAAGAAGAAGGCCGAUUACACAGCCAUGGACAUGCACCAGCGGUACGCCCUCAACAACGACUACGCCGGCUUCAAGAAGCUCUGGCACGACGCCAUGGCCGGCGAGGAUGGACCACCGCUCCCAGACGCCUCACGUUGGUUCCGCCCCGAUGGCCGACCUGUGAUGCGCGCGACGACCCCUGGCGCAGCGGAUGGCGAUGACGAUGAUGACAUUGCUGUGGCCCGCGAGGUCCUUAGCAUCAACUGCCCGCUCACGCUACAGCCAAUGAAACAGCCUUACAGCAACCGCAAGUGCAAGCACACCUUUGAGAAGGCUGCCCUGCUCGACUACUUGCCACUGCGAGGUGAUGCCCAGUGUCCACAGACGGGUUGCUCAGAGCGUUUCUCACGGUCACGAUUCGACCACGACUUCUACCUUGACCAGGCCAUGGUGCGCCGUAUCAAGCGCGCCCGCCAGGCCCAGGAACAGCACGAUAUGGACGAAGACGAUGAUGACGGCGAAGAGGACGAGGAUGUUGUGGUUAGAGGUCACCAGCCAGUCCCAGGAAGAGUGCCAAAGAAGGAGAGAGUGUAA